AUGAUUUACUCCAUAAGUCACGUGUGCAGGCGAGCUGUACAGAGCAAUGUAUCCAACAGGAGGAGUUUCUCAUUGUUUUGGAAAAUGUUAUCCAUGAAUGAUCCAAAUAAGGAAAAGGACGAAAGAAAAUUGUACAAUUGGGAUGAAUCACCCUAUGAAGACAUCCGAACACAUGCUGCACUUAUAAGAGCAAAAGCGUUGUGUCCAGUAACCCAUAAACCUGUCAAUUUUGUAUGCCCGUACUCGGGAAUACCAACACACGCAUCAAAAGAAGCAUGGGAAAAUGAUACUGAAUACCACGCAAAGAAGAAAUAUGAACUUUUGAAAAAAGUGAAUUUGUAUGAACAUGAUUUGAGAUCAGGAAGGAAGUUCGAAGAAUUUGCAUUUCCUGGAGAGCAAGAAAGAGAUUUCAUGAUAAACAUGAGUGAUUGGGAUUCAUUUUUUUAUACGAGGGAUUUCCCACCCAUGAAUGAUGAAUUCAAUUUGGCUGCAGCCACCAAAGUUCUUACUUACCCAAUGACUAUUGGAUCCAUUUUACAUAAAUUUUCCCCAUAUCAAAUUGAACCAAAAGGUCCUGUGACUGUUGAAGGAGCCAAGUCGUUGGGAGCAUUGAGAUACACUUUGUAUCCUCCAUACCAAAAAGCAAUUGAUGGAGUAACGCAUUUUAAAGAAAGACCAAUGAGGAUAUUUAUUUUGGGUCCUAGAAUGGAGUCUAUGCUUCCGGGAUACGUUUGGAAGCAAUUCGGAUACUUGUUUCCCAAAAGCAGAUUUGAAAUUCAUUUAAUUGGACCUGAAGCAUAUUUUGACAAAGAGACGAGGUCAUUUGCUCCUGUAAAUAUCCCAAAUGGGAAGCCAUUGAUUGAAAGAUUUGAUGACCAGAUAACAAUUCACCAUCACACCCAAUACUUUAAUGAACUUUAUGAUAUGGGUGACUUGUUCCCCUUUGAUCCCUACUUGGACGUGUUUUUCCUUUUCCACCCCGGUUUCCAAACUGCUGACCAUAUUCAUUGGGAUAAGUCGUUAAAAGGGUUAUUGGAAUCAAAGUGUCCGAUUUAUGUUACCGGCUUUCAUGAUGAGGACAUUGACAAGGAAAUUGAUUGGUUGAAACGUCAUGAAUUGAAUGACGAAAUGGAUUUGCUUAUGAAGAAAUCUGAUAAUAAGUUUGCUUGUACUAAAUUGGACAUUGUUGAUUCAAAUCCGACAGAGACAUUCAAUUUGAAUAGUAAAGUUUUUGGAUUUAGAGGUAAGAGGUAUCAUGCUAUCAAGGUAUGA